AUGGAAAUAGAUUUAAUGCAAGAUUCAAUUCAAUCAUCGAGAGCCGAGUUAGACAUAAAAACAAGAGAAGCAUACUAUUUGCACCUAAAACUAGCGAAAGAAUACCCAUUACAGUUCGACCAUUUUCUCAAAAAAAUUAAGACCACUGAGACUUUCGAAAGGAAAAAGAAGUCCAUAACUCACAGCCACAAGGUGAAAUCACUAAAAACAAAGAUAACCCCAACUCCGAAACCAACAGUAAAAAAAGUGGAAAAUUUCGUCGUCAACCAGUCAACACAACAAUUUAUCGAGGACCAACUAAAACUACUCAACAAUGGCUUAAAACACGCAAUUAACGAGAACCCCAACAUAGAACAACUAAUUGUCGAUAUAGAAUCCGCAAUCAGGACCUCAACCAAAGAGUUUCCCCUAUCACUGGAAGACCAAUCAGCCAUCAGAAACCUCACAGCAAGCGUCAUCGAAUCUACUAACACGCAACCAAAAAGAAUAAAUAAAGACCAAAAAGUGUUAAAAGAACUUAAAAGGAAACCAGUAUAUUAUAUAAAAGCUGACAAAGGAAACGCAUUAGUCAUAAUGGACAAAGACGAAUACGAUCAGAGAGUCCAAGAAAAAAUUGAUAAUGGCCCCUACAGAGAAUUCAGAAUCAACCCCCUACCGGAAAUGGUCAACAGAACCAACAAACUCGUCGAAAAAUGCUCGAAAUUUUUAGAGUUCGAUAAGAAACAAAUGAAGGAACCCGCACCCUCACUUCCACGAUUCAAAGCCUUACCAAAGAUUCACAAACCUGAAAAAGAAAUGAGAGAGAUUAUAACAGCAGACAGAUCCCCAUGCCAACGCAUCGCCAAAUGGUUGGUAAAGGAACUAACCUGCAUCCUAGGCAGCUCUCACAGUUUUUCUGUAAAGAACUCCAAAGAAUUCGCAGAAAAACUAAAAUUGGAAAACAUCACGGGAGAUGAAGAAACCGUAUCAUUCGACGUAAAAGCGUUAUACCCUAGUGUUAAC